AUGAGUGACCCCAAGGCUGCAAAGGCUGCUGCAAAAGCAUUGCGCCUGUCUAACAAUGUGUGGAGUGAUAAGUAUUUUGCCAUCGCUAUCGGCUCACUCAUGGUUCUUUUUGCCGUAUAUCACUGGUCAAGUGUAAUUCACUUUUAUUAUGGUCGAAGGAAAAAUCAUCCUACGUUGACUCGGAAGUAUAGACAAUUACAAUGCCUUCUUUCUAGUUCAAUAAUGGGACUAAGGGCAGACCGGUCUCUUCUGUAUAUCAUCUACUGGGUCAUCAACUUGGUUCUCGCUUUAACCAAUCUAGACUUUACAACUCUCAUCAACGUUGCCAAACGAUUUGGCUGGAUUUCAGUCGCAAACUUGGUGCUUUUGGUUUUCUUGGCCUUGAAGAAUACACCCCUCGCGCCUUUGACAGCCACAUCCUAUGAAAAGCUCCGCCCGUUACACAAGGUUGCCGGUUACACCUGCAUCUUCACAAGCGUCUUGCAUGCUAUAGUGUACUUAUCUGCCUGGUCACUGAGUGGGAGCUUGUCCGAAAUGAAAGAAGUACACAAUUUUGCCGGCGCAAUUGCAGGUUUUGCUAUGGUCAUUAUUGGCUUUUCAACUAUCACAUACUUCAUGCGGGGGUAUUAUGAACUCUUCUAUAUGCUGCACAUAAUCAUGUUCCUUCUGAUUAUGAUCACAAUCGGAAUGCACCGUCCGAAAUUUUCAACCUCAACAGUGAUUAUCAUCAUUUUCACUGCCUGUCUUUGGGUCAUGGACCGCAUUAUCCGUGGCGCAAAGAUACUCUGGAAUUUCUUCGGAAAUUCUCUCACUAUCACAGCUUUGCCCAACAAUGCUAUUCGGGUGAAACUUAGCCGUCGCAUGCACUCCACCCCCGGUUCUCAUGCAUUCUUGUGGGUUCCUGCCAUCCGCUGGGUUGAAAGCCAUCCAUUCACUCUGUUGUCUUCGAAUCCGUCCGAGUUUGUGAUUCGAGUGUACGAUGGCUUUACGCGGGAUUUAUAUAAAGCUGCCCAAGCGUCCCCUGGGAGAUCUCUACGCUGUUCCGUCGACGGGGCAUAUGGUCAAGUCCCCAACUUCAAAGUGUUUGACAAAGUCGUUCUCGUCGCCGGUGGCAGUGGUGCUAGCUUCACAUUUGCUAUUGCACUAGACUUGAUCGAAACAUCUAAGAAGGCAGUGAAGUCGAUCGACUUUAUUUGGAUAGUGAGACAUCAAGAGAGCCUCGAAUGGUUUGCCCAAGAGCUCAAACAACUUCAGUCCCACCCAGAAGUGAAUGUGCAGAUUUACGUUACCCGCCAAACUGGUCUGUCCGGCACAUCGUCACCCACAUCCCCAGACUCUUUGUCAGAAAAAGUAUCUGUAAAGGAUGAUGUAGUCCCAGCAGAACCCUCUCUGGUCUUUUCAACGAAUGACCCUGAGAAAGGCGUUGAGCAACAGUCUACAGACACUAUUUCUUCUUCGGUCAACCGGAUGUUGUCAGGGCGCCCGAAUAUUGGCAACUUGAUCGAGGCUGCUGCCACUGGAAGCGGCAACUUAGGUGACCGCGUCAUUGUUGGUGCUUGUGGUCCUAGCGAGCUUAUGAGUACAACACGGGAAGCUGUUAACAAUGAGUUGCUCAACGGCGGACCAUCCAUAACACUCUACACUGAGGAAUUCGAGUGGUGA